CACCAUGCCAACGUAAUCUAAUACUACCAGCCAUCAGCCAUUCCAAAGAUGAACAAGAAUCAAACAGUUUUGAGGAAAUAUCAGAAGAUUGCAGAGUCUUGAGCAACAUAGAAGAAGAAAAAUCAGAGCAGAAGUUGCAAAAACACAAGCUAAAAAGGCCAAAGCCAUGGCUGCAACAAGCUCACAGCUUCUCUUCUCAAACUCUCACUCAUCAGUCUCCAGGCUCUCUCCUUUCCAAGCAUGCCUCUUGGACGCCAAGACACUGUUCUCAUGCCCCAGCACCGGCGGCUGCAGGCGGCGGCAAGUGGCUGCAGGUGUCCGGUGCAUGGCGGUCGGGGCGGCGCCGGGGGCAGAGACUAAGAAGAUUAGCAGUAAGUUUGAGAUUCAGACGCUGACUAGUUGGCUGUUGAAGCAAGAACAGUCUGGUACUAUCGAUGCUGAGCUUACCAUAGUGCUCUCUAGCAUUUCCAUGGCCUGCAAGCAGAUAGCUUCACUGGUGCAGAGAGCUAGCAUUUCCAACCUCACUGGAGUCCAGGGAGCUGUCAAUGUCCAAGGAGAGGAUCAGAAGAAGCUCGACGUGGUCUCUAACGAGGUUUUCUCUAAUUGUUUGAGGUCGAGUGGAAGAACAGGAAUUAUAGCAUCAGAGGAAGAAGAUGUACCAGUGGCAGUGGAAGAGAGCUAUUCUGGCAACUACAUUGUGGUCUUUGACCCUCUUGAUGGUUCAUCCAACAUUGAUGCUGCUGUGUCGACUGGCUCCAUCUUUGGGAUUUACAGCCCGAAUGAUGAAUGCCUAGCUGACAUAGGCGACGAUUCCACACUAGACAAAGCAAAACAGAGGUGUGUAGUGAACGUAUGCCAGCCAGGGAGCAAUCUUUUGGCUGCAGGCUAUUGCAUGUACUCGAGUUCUAUCAUCUUCGUGCUAACGAUAGGCGAAGGAGUUUUCUCCUUCACCCUGGACCCCAUGUAUGGCGAGUUCGUGUUAACUCAAGAGAACAUCCAGAUACCAAAGGCCGGGAAGAUUUAUGCAUUCAAUGAAGGGAACUACCAGCUUUGGGACGAUAAGCUGAAGAAGUACAUUGAUGAUCUUAAGGACCCUGGCCCGAGUGGGAAGCCCUACUCGGCUAGGUACAUUGGCAGCUUGGUGGGUGACUUCCACCGGACUCUUCUGUAUGGCGGCAUUUAUGGGUAUCCCAGGGACAAGAAGAGUAAGAAUGGGAAGCUCAGGCUCUUGUAUGAGUGUGCACCAAUGAGCUUUAUUGUGGAACAGGCCGGUGGCAAAGGAUCAGAUGGCCAUCAGAGGGUUCUUGAUAUCCAGCCAGUUGAGAUUCACCAGCGUGUUCCACUGUACAUUGGGAGCGUGGAGGAAGUAGAGAAACUGGAGAAGUAUCUAGCAUGAUCCAAAUGUUGUAGCAAAGAGAUUGUUUUUUUGAAGAUGUUUUUGCAUUGAACUGCAAUUUUUUACUGCUGGGACAAUCACCAAAAAGGCCACAGUUCACAAGAAAGCCAUAAUACACAAGAGUACCUUCAAA